ACUCAAGCGGGCCAUCAAUGGCCAAGAUAAGACGGCCCAUCUGAGCGAUGAUAUUGGUGGAAAGAGAGCAGAGCAUAGCGCGCAAGCCAGGCAGAACCGAUGUGUUGAAUAAGCCACGCUCGCCUCCAUUCCUCUUCAGUUCACGGCUAGAUAUUAACACGGGUAUCGAAGGCCGCCGUGAGGAGCAGAAGCAAUGACUUGUGUCGCCUGUCUCGCAAUCACAUUCGCCUUCAGUUUCCUACUUCAAGUCGCAAUGUGCAGGCCGCUGAGCGGCUGGGACCAGGAAACCCACGAGGACGGAUUGGAGCAUUACGAAGACGAAGUCUUCCCAGAGGACCACUCUGGCUUUGAUUUCGACGUGUUCUUGGAAAGCGUGAAGGACGAGUUCUUCCGGGGUGUAAACCUGUCCGAGAUUCCUUCGCAAGACCCGCUGGAAGCGGAACCCCCGCAGUUCAUGAUCGACCUGUACAACAAGUUCGCCAGCGACAGCUCUUCCAUGCCCUCGUCCAACAUUGCCAGGAGCUUCAGAAACGAAGAUACAACAACGGUGCUCCCGGUGGGAGAACACGGGGCGAGAAGGCACAUUCUAGUCUUUAACCUGACCAUCCCUCGGCAUGAAGUGAUCGUGGCGGCCGAGUUGAGACUCUACGCCUUCGUUGCCAGGGACAGGAGGCUAUACGAAGGAGUGAACAGGAUAGUCCGGGUUCAUGACUUGGAGGAGCCGGGGGAGAACUCCAUGUCUCUACUGGUUUCCAAACAGAUCGCUGGCGAGGACAGCGGUUGGGAAACCUUCGAUGUGACCGACGCCGUCAGUCGGUGGGUGAGAUCCAACCGGACCACCCACAAGCUUGAAGUUCACAUCGAAAGCGCCGAGGAGGGGGACUCGGGGGCGGUGGUCGCGGGGGGCGAGCCCGGCUCGGAGAGCAGGAAUGUGCCGUUACUGGUGGUCUUCUCCGACGACCAGAGGCGCGGUCAGGGGGACGAGGUGAAGGAAAUGUUGGUGCACGAACAGGACGUAGCGGCCGUGGAGCUGGCGGUCUCCGAAGGCCCGGAAUAUGACUUGUUCCAUCCGCAGACCACUCUCUCCCUGGACUCCACGUCCAGGACCCGCCGAAGCGCCAAAGGGAAUUACUGCAAGCGCUCCCCUCUCCACGUGGACUUCACCGAGAUCGGCUGGGACUCGUGGAUCGUCGCCCCCAAGAAUUACGAGGCUUACGAGUGCAGAGGAGUCUGCUACAUCCCGCUCACCGACCAUGUCACCCCAACAAACCACGCCAAGAUCCAGACCUUGGUCAACCACUGGAAUCCCGAUAAAGCUGCCAAGGCGUGUUGUGUGCCGACCAAACUCGACCCCAUCUCCAUGCUGUACAAGAACAACGCCGGCGUCACCACUUACAAGUAUAAAUACGAGGGGAUGGUGGUGGCGGAAUGUGGCUGCAGAUAGUGAGAAAUAGACAUGUAGA